AUGGUAGCUGCACCGCUAACGAGAUCGCGAUUCGUGGCGACCCUACCACGAAGCUACAUCCAAUCCUUCACCCGUUCAUACACAGCCACAGCACCCAAGAAGGCAGCAAAGAAUCGUCUCUACAACUCCGUACGAUACGAAGAUGAAUUCGAAACCCUAAACUUGCUUUCGGCGAGCAGCCGUAUUCCUCUCAUUACCCUCUGGUCCGCAUCAUGGUGCCCAUCCUGCAAAGUCAUCUCACCACUACUCAAAGAGCUCAUCAACGAAGGCGUUGGGGAGGCUCAAGGUGGUGUUUCUUAUGCCGAGAUUGAGCUCGAUUCGCCAACUCUGGGCGGGCUGGCCCUUAGAUAUCAGGUCAAUUCAUUACCUACGUUGCUGGCCUUCGAUAGACAGGAGGCACAACUGGAGACCAAAGUUCACAAGGUGGAUGACAUGAAGAACAGGCAGUUUUUGAUCAAUUGGAUCGAGACCGAGGCCAAGCGUCAUGGUGAAGGAGGUGCUGGAGGAAGCAGCUUGUUUGGCUUGUUUGGACGUCGCUAA